AUGCUUGCCCCGAGGAGGCUGGCGUUGAUCGCUGGCAUCUUCUUCGUUGGGGUCAUCUUGUUCCUCAACAGCUCGCCGUAUCGCGAUCGGUUGCCGCGAUUGCCCAGGCCGGGGUCGGUGGCGGGGGCCAGCGAGAAGAGCAGGUUGGAGGAGGAGCAGCAGAAGGUGGAACAUGAGAUAGAGAAGCAUUUGUCCACCCGGCCUGGGCACGACGAUGCGCUGGUCGAUGCGGUGGAAUGGACUUCUGCAAGCCAUGGUGUCACAGAGCCGGCAGAUGGCAUGCUUGGCGAGGAUACAAGGACAGCACAGCAUGAGCUAUCUGCGACUUCUACCGUGUCUACUACAGAGGCGCGACCGACGGUAAAACACACCUUCAAGCCGCUGUCGAGUGAGCCAUACAAGGCUGUCCAGUCGAAGAUCCAAGAACUGCUCGCCCAGUGGACACCGCCUGCCUACCCAUCUCACUGGCCACCUUACGCUUGGUACGGCACCCAACGCGACUACGAUCCGAACCGAUGGGAAGGGUUCGAGUGGGAGAAUGAUUACUACAUCAACAACGGCAUUGAGAAGCUCAAGGAGCAGCAUCCCGCGACCGCCACACCGACUCCAUACCUCCCAUACCCAGACUACAACAGCGAGGCAUGGAAGAAGGAGUGGAAAGGCGAGUUUGUGCCUUGUGAAGGCGCGAGAGGGAAGCUGCUGAACCAGAGUCUGGAUGAUUGGGUGGAGGCAUACCCUGUCAUACCGAAUGGGUUUCCGGCAGCGGCUGUGGGUGAUGCGGAUGUCACUGGGCUCGAUAGCAGUCACUGCUUCGAUCGCUAUCAUCGCUUCGGACCGUAUGGGUUUGGACAGCAGGACCUGACGGAUGCUGCGGAAUGGGAGCCGCCUUCGAACAGACCGAAUUGGCAACUGGUGAGGUGGGGUGACCUGCAAGAUCAGUGUCUGCUCAAGAACAAGCGCCGCUUUGACCUCAACGCUCGCCAGCCGACCGAGCGGCGACCAGGCAAGCAGCGGCCUGAAGACGACCUGGAGCUUGCGCAGGAUGAUCUGUCACGGACAAAGGGUGCGCAAUACCACUCGCGCACGGCUGUGCUUAUACGGUCGUGGGAGGGAUAUGUGUACACAUCAAACGACAUUGAGAACAUCCGCUCCUUGGUUACCGAGCUCAGUUUGCUCUCCGGUGGCGAGUACCAGGUCUUCCUCUUCGUGAAUGUCAAGAAUGAGAACGCCAGUAUCUACCAGGACGAGCAGGUGUACAAGGACAUCAUCCAGCAGCAUGUGCCGGACGAGUUGCAAGAUAUAGCAAUCCUCUGGAACGAGUACAUGCUAGAGGAAUGGUAUCCGAAGAUCGGCGACUGGCAAGUAUAUUGGCAUCAAUUCAUGCCUCUGCAGUGGUUCAGCAAGAUGUACCCCCAGUUUGACUUUGUCUGGAACUGGGAGACUGACGCACGAAGUACGGGCAACCACUACCACUUUCUCCAAAAGAUCGCUGGAUUUGCUGCAAAGCAGCCACGAAAGUACCUCUGGGAGCGCAAUGCCCGCUUCUACUUCCCCGCCGCCCACGGCUCCUACUCUGCCUGGCUCGACGACACCCACGCCAGCAUCGAAACUGCUAUCAAAAAUAACUCCAUGGAACCCGUCUGGGGACCACAACCCUACGACUCCUCCCGCCAAACCCCCAUCGGCAGCUCUCCACCCCACCCCAUGAACACGGACGACUUCUCCUGGGGCGUAGGCGAAGAAGCCGACCUCAUCACCCUCCAACCCAUCUGGGACCCCGUCCACACCACUUGGACCAUGCGCGACAAAAUCUGGAACUACCUCCCCGGCAUCCGCCCGCACUUCUCUCCCACUUCCCCCAUCGACGAAGGCUUCACGCACCCCGCGUUCGCUUCUAUCCCGCGGAGGGUCUACAUCAACACCCUCUCCCGCUUCUCCCGCCGCCAGCUGCACGCCAUGCAUGUCGAGAACCGCGCGGGUCGGACUAUGCAGGCGGAGAUGUGGCCCGCGACUGUCGCUUUGCAACACGGGUUGAAAGCGGUCUAUGCGCCGCAUCCGAUCUGGACGGAUCGGCGGUGGCCGGCUUGGUACAUGGACGCGGUGUUCAAUGCCGAUGGCGGGGAGGCGGGGAAAUGGGGUCAGAGGGGCGAUAGCGUGUACAACCAGGAUCGGGAGCAUAACUUCGCCGGGUGGAGUUGGUAUUACGCUUCUGAUUUCCCGCGGAUCCUGUAUCGGAGGUGGUUGGGGUGGGGCGCGAAGAUCGGGGAUGAGGAGCAGUUUCCGAAUAACCCUUUGCUGGAGCUUGGAGGGGAGGAGUUUGAAGACGAGGGCGUGGAAGUGGAGGUGCCGGGCAGGGAGCCGGAUGGGAGUCAGGCUGCGCCUGCUGGCGGCAGCAGUUUCGGCGGGAGCGUGGUGACGGUGGGCGGGAAGGGGAGGAUGUGUUUGCCUGCUAUGCUGUUGCAUCCGAUCAAGAGGGUGUAUCGCGGGGCAGAGGAUGAUGCUAUGAGGGAUGGCGCUUGA